GUUAAUGGACUGUUUCCAGCACUGGGCAGACACCUGUUCCGGUGAGUUGAUAGCAACAAUAUGAAGAAAGCGGCGGGUUUCGUCAUUUUUCGGCGUCUUUGCGGGGAAAUACAAUAUCUAUUGCUGAAGGCUUCCUAUGGGUCCUUUCACUGGAGUUCACCGAAGGGCCAUGUAGAUCCAGGCGAAGAUGACUUUACCACAGCUUUGCGGGAGACAAAAGAGGAAGCCGGUUACGAUGAGAAGGAUCUGAUCAUUUACAAGGACACUCCUCUAACUCUGAACUAUGAGGUGCAGGGGAAGCCCAAGAUUGUGAUCUAUUGGCUGGCGGAGCUGCGGAAUCCUUGCCAGGAGCCUAUUCUCUCCGAAGAGCACACCGCCCUCAAGUGGCUGCCCAAGGAGGCGGCCAAGGACUGCGUUGGUUUCAAGGAUAACCAAGUGAUGAUCGACAAAUUCCACGACAUGAUUCAAAACAAACCUGAGUAAAAUCAAAACAAUAUUCGUUGUAACCUUACGCAACACUAAAACUUAAAUAAAUAAAUAAUAUACCAGAGAAAAUACCAAAGCAAA